AUGCACGCCCCCCGGCUCCCCUCCCUCCUCCUGCACGUUUGGAGGGCCCUGCUCCUGGCCGGCGCCGCCACGGUAGCCUCGGGUCAAGAUGUGGAGGUGGAUGGGCAGAACUGGACCUUUGCUUUUGACUUCUCCUUCCUGAGCCAAAAGGAGGACCUGGAGUGGGCCGAGCUCCGGCUGCAGCUGGCCAGCCCGGCGGACCUUCCCCCUGGCGUCCCGCUCUCCAUCGAGAUUUUCCACCAGCCAAAGCUGGAAGCCGAUCGGGACCCAGCCGGCUGCCCAGAACGUCUUCGGCUGGAACUAUUGACUGUUUCUCUGUCCCAGGUUACCUUUUCUGCUGGCAGCAUGGUCCUGGAGGUGACCAGGCCUCUCUCCAAGUGGCUGAAGCACCCUGGGAAGCUGGGGGAGCAGAUGUCCAGUUUGGCCAGAGAAUGCUGGCCGCGGCCUCCCACACCGCCUGUCGCCAAUGUGCUCCUCCUGCUCUACUCCAACCUCCCUCCUGAGCAGAGGAGGCUGGGUGGCUCCACCUUGCUGUGGGAAGCUGAGAGCUCCUGGCGGGCCCAGGAGGGACAGCUCUUCCAGGAAAAGGGCAGGAGGCACCCGAGACAUCACUUGCCGGACAGAAGCCAACUGUGUCGGAAGGUCAAGUUCCAGGUGGACUUCAACCUGAUUGGAUGGGGCGCCUGGAUCAUCUACCCCAAGCAGUACAAUGCCUAUCGCUGUGAGGGCGAGUGUCCCAACCCUGUCGGGGAGGAGUUCCAUCCCACCAACCACGCAUACAUCCAGAGUCUGCUGAAACGGUACCAGCCCCACCGCGUCCCUUCCACCUGCUGUGCCCCCGUGAAGACCAGGCCCUUGAGCAUGCUGUAUGUGGACAAUGGCAGAGUCCUUCUAGACCAUCAUAAGGACAUGAUUGUGGAAGAGUGUGGGUGCCUAUGA